AUGAAGCUAGGUGUCUCAGAAGACAUGUUGGGUCGAGUGUUCGACGGAUCCGGCCGUGCUAUUGACAAGGGACCCAAGGUUCUCGCUGAGGAAUACCUUGACAUCAACGGCAGCCCCAUCAAUCCGUACUCGCGAGUAUAUCCCGAAGAAAUGAUUUCCACCGGUAUCUCUGCCAUCGAUACUAUGAACUCUAUCGCCCGUGGACAAAAAAUCCCGAUCUUCUCAGCUUCCGGUCUCCCUCACAAUGAAAUUGCUGCACAGAUUUGUCGUCAGGCUGGCCUGGUAAAGAAGCCAACCAAGGAUGUACACGAUGGCCACGAGGACAACUUCUCCAUCGUAUUCGCCGCUAUGGGUGUGAACAUGGAGACCAGUCGAUUCUUCACCCGAGAUUUCGAGGAAAACGGCAGUAUGGAGCGUGUCACCCUCUUCCUUAACCUUGCCAAUGACCCCACAAUCGAGCGUAUCAUCACACCUCGUCUUGCACUUACCACCGCAGAGUACUACGCUUACCAGCUCGAGAAGCACGUCCUAGUUAUCUUGACUGAUCUGUCAGCCUACUGUGAUGCCCUUCGUGAGGUUUCGGCAGCCAGAGAAGAAGUGCCCGGACGUCGUGGUUACCCCGGUUACAUGUACACGGAUUUGUCCACAAUCUAUGAGCGUGCUGGACGAGUUGAGGGACGAAAUGGCUCUAUCACCCAGAUUCCAAUUUUAACCAUGCCUAACGAUGAUAUCACUCACCCAAUCCCUGAUUUGACUGGCUAUAUCACCGAGGGUCAGAUUUUCAUCGACCGUCAGCUUGACAACAAGGGUAUCUACCCACCAAUUAACGUUCUUCCAUCCCUUUCUCGAUUGAUGAAGUCUGCCAUUGGUGAGGGCCGAACCCGCAAAGACCACGGUGAUGUGUCAAACCAGCUGUACGCCAAGUACGCCAUUGGCCGUGAUGCCGCCGCCAUGAAGGCUGUCGUUGGUGAAGAAGCUCUGUCUUCUGAGGACAAACUAUCCCUUGAAUUCUUGGACAAGUUUGAGCGCACCUUUAUUUCCCAAUCUGCAUAUGAGUCCCGAACUAUUGAAGAGUCUUUGGACCUUGCCUGGAACCUUCUCCGGAUUUACCCCAAGGACCUCCUCAACCGUAUCCCCAAGAAGGUUAUUGACGAGUUCUACCAGCGUUCCAGCAAAGGUCGGGCCAGACCAACCAAGGAUACCCGAGACACUGCUGAGCCCGCUGCUCGCGCCGAUAACAACCUCAUAGACGCGUGA